AUGGCUGGAGAGGCGGGCAAGGCAAGGACGGUUUUGUUGGCCACCGAGAAGGCUUUCGCAGCGGCUGCUGUCACAAAGAUCGAAGAAGUCCUCAAGGCCGCCAACUACACGAUGAAGAAGCUCGAAAACUACAAGAGCAAGGACGAUCUGCUCGCAGCCGUGGGCGACGCCGAUGCCAUGAUCAUCCGUAGCGACAUCGUGGAUCAGGCAGUGCUGGACAAGGCCAGCAAGAUGAAGAUCGUGGUCCGUGCAGGUGCUGGCUACGACAACAUCGAUCUCAAGGCCUGCGAAGGCAAGGGGAUCACAGCCAUGAACACUCCGGGCCAGAACGCCAAUGCUGUGGCAGAGCUCGUUUUCGGCAUGAUGAUUGUGAGCGCCCGCAACAACUUCGACGGCACCAGCGGUUUUGAGCUGGUCAACCGCGAGAUUGCCUUCUAUGGCUUCGGGGCCGUGGCCCGGGCGGUGCAUAAGCUGGCACAAGGCUUUGGCAUGAAGAGCUUCGCCUACGAUCCUUACAUCCCUGCAGACAAAAUCAAGGAGAUGGGCGCCGAACCGGUCUCAACCGUCGCCGGCCUCUUUGAGCACCAGUAUGUUUCUCUCCACGUGCCUCUGACUGACGAGACCAAGGCUUCGAUCAACAAGGAUCUCCUGGGAAAGAUGCCCAAGGGGGGCACCCUGAUCAACACUGCGCGACUGGAGGUGGUCCAUGAAGCAGACAUGCUAGAGAUUCUCAAGACGCGCCCUGACUUUUGCUAUCUCUGCGACGUUGCGCCCAAGGACAUCGAGCCCUUCAAGGCAGCUGUGGGAGACAAGUACGGCAAGCGAUUGAUCUUCACGAAGAAGAAGAUGGGAGCCCAGACUGCAGAGGCGAAUGACAAUGCUGGUGUGGCGGCGGCGAACCAGAUUGUGGGCUUCUUCGAGAAGGGCGAGACCCGAUUCUCUCUGAAAGCCUGA